ACGGUUCUAAAAGCGGCGGAAAGUAGCUCAGAUAGGGGAACAAACGGAGGGUGGGACGACUGGUGCCUUGGCGUCUCGUGCCACUCAUCCGCGCAGUUCAGCCCCUCCUAGGCUGCCCACUCGGCAAUCCCUACGUGCCUGGGCAUCGAUGAACCGCGCGGACAGCGCCAUAGCGAGGGAUCGUCAGCAGCAGUUGGCCCGCGGCAUAGUCGGAUAAUGGAGUGCCUUGUGUCUCCUAAGACCCAGAAGGCAGAGAAUGCUUCCCCUCAGCUAGAUGAAAAUGAAGACGAUAUUGAGUUUGUUGGCGAAGCUGUACUAAGACCUGUCUUGGAUUGCAUUGAUCUUGUUAGCAGUGGCGAUGAGGAGCCCAGCAGUUCUUCUAAUAAAAAAGUAAAAUACAAAGACCACAUUGAUUAUCAGAAGGAAAGGGUUGUUUCAACCCUUGAUCGCCUAGCACGCCAUGUAGAGGUAGAGAAACAGCUGAAAGAAGACAGGAACAAAGCUUUUAAGGAAAAAAUGAACUUCCAGCAUGCUCAUGGACUGCAGGAGUUGGAAUUUAUCCACGGGCACAGUGAUACGGAAGCAGCCAGACUGUGCGUGAAUCAGUGGCUCAAAAUGCCAGGUCUCAAGCCAGGUACUGUAAACUCAGGAAGAAAGUUACCUCAGAUGUCAGCCCAAAUGCCGUCUGGCAAUAAAUCUAUUUUAUGUCCCAUAAUGCAUUGCAACAAGAAGUUUGACAAUGGGUAUCUUCUUCUAGGCCACCUUAAAAGGUUUGAUCAUUCCCCAUGUGAUCCAACAGUUACACUACAUGGACCUCCAUCUAGUUCUUUUGCCUGUAUAGUCUGCAAUAAAAGAUUUCCUACUUCUCAGCAAUAUAGUGAUCACUGUGUUUCUAAGGCAAGUGAAAAUGAUGGCCAUGAAAGAAAUUAUCCUCCACAGCAUAUUCAGUUUUUUGCAUGCCCAUUCUGUUUCCUCCUUUUCAGCCUCAGAGAUGAGUGCCUGCAACAUAUGGCUGCAAAGAAUCAUUUUUCUCAUUCUUUUAAACUGAGUGAAAAGUCAGGAACCCCGCUUCCUUUGCCUUUCCCAGCCUAUGCAAAAAAUCUUCUAAUCUCCUUGUGCAAAGAAGUUCCAUUCAAAGUAAAAUGUGUGUCCUGCCAACGGCCAUUACGUUCCCAUGCAGAGCUAACAGCACACUUCAGAACUCGUUGUCGUAAUGCUGGUCCAGCAGCUUUGUCAGAGAAGAAUAUCUGCCAAGUUGCUGAAAUCUUUAAAGCAAAAGGCUUCUGUCAGAGCUGUAACGAGCUGUUUAUUGAUGACAACGAUAUCACUAAGCAUACUUGCAAAACCCUGCACAAGGUUAAUUUUCUCACCACAAUGGAACAAUCUGUCUUGAUAUUUUGCCAUACCAAUAAAAAUGUCUCUCACCUGAAACACAGAAGCAUUGUAAAGUCUACUUCUCUGAAGAGAUCUUUGGCCAUGGAUGAUCACGAUGAAACCACUUCAAAACAAAAACGGGGCUUGGAAGACAACAGCCAAGAGAUUUGUAGUGCCCUCACUGUGAAAACUUGGAUGUGUGAGUGCCAUCUGACAUUUCCUUCUGAAGACUUAGUAGAAAAACAUAUUUUUUCUGCGAACAGAAUAUGCCACAAGUGUGCUGUGUGUGGUAAGUUUGCAGAAAAUGUAAGCAUCAUCCGUUUGCACAUGAGCCGGUUCCACGGAGGAGCACACUUGGCUAAUUUCCUCUUUUACUGUCAGUCCUGCAAUGUAGAUCUUCAGAAAGGGAAUGAUGUGUUGGCACACGUUACUGAAUAUCAUUGUGGGCACAGCUAUUUUUGUGAGAAGUAUGUCAGUGAGGAUGAUUUUGCAUUAUCUUCUGAUAAACUCACAGAUCCCUUCUGUAAUAACUCACUUGGUACCGAAAACCAGUCUGUGACCCCUAUGGAGCUAUCUGCACCUUCAAGUCCAAUGGACCAGUCUGAGGAAUCUUCUCACCAAGAAAAAUGGCAGUGUUGCUUAUGUGAAGAAAUCUUUGACUCGGAAGAUGCUGUGAAACAGCAUUGCAUGUCAUUAGAGAGCCAUCAUUUUCACAGGUUCAGCUGUGACUUGUGUAAAGUUACAUUCCGGAAAAUAGAAACACUGCACCGACACUGCCAGGAUCGGCAUAACAAUGUUGUACAGAUAAAAUAUUUGUGUGGGUUUUGCGGUGACUUAUUUUUUGAUGCUGAGGAAGAGUUUUUACUUCACUUCAAAGGUUUCCAUAGCAGAGAUUACAUAUGUGUGUCUGAGACCACAAAACCAUCAAUCAAGACAUUUGAGACGAUAGAAGAAAGUAGCCUUCUAAACUGUGGCUGUCGAGAGAAAUAUAUCUCCAAAGAAAAUAGGAAAACAGAUUAUGAGAAGUGCCAAGCAGACAUGCUGGCAAAAGGUAACCUGUGGUUUCGCUGCACCUUGUGCCCUUCAACAGCCCAAAGCCAUUCUGACAUGAUUAGUCAUCUUGAAGGCCAUAUAGGUGACAAAAUUAAAAAAGAAUUGUAUGUUGUGAGGUGUGGAGCAUGCAACAAAAGCUUUAGUGAUCUUGCAAAUGCCCACCAGCACUUUCAUGUCAAACACUGCUUCUCACAAAAGCCCAAGUUGGAUUUUGGCUCUCCAGCAAAAGAUGAAGUCUUCCAGUUCUCUGCUAGUGGGUCUUGUAUAGACAAGAAGCCUGAUAAACUGAGGCUUUCAGCUGCUAUGACUGCACCACAUUCAAAAUCCCUUUCUUCAAAGAAACCAGAAGCUAUAAAGAAAGAAAUGCCUGGCCAAGAUAGUGAAGAUCUACCUGAUCUAGAUUACUUGUGCACCAUGACACAUAUAAUAAUGAUGGAUUUAGAUAACUGGGGAAGCUUCUUCCAGCAACUGCCUGCUUCUCUUAACCAAGGAACUUUUAUCUGGGGCUUUCAAGGUGGGCACGGCAAAUGGAAGCAACCUGUGAAUUGCAAAAUGUUUAACUAUCUUAACAAGAUUGGGUGUUUCUUUCUUCAUCCACACUGUGGUACAAGGAGGGAAGCAGCUGACUUUGCAAUUUGUGUACAUGUCGGCCGUCUGGAUGAGUAUCUGCCGAAGCACAUUCCUUUCACCAUUCUUUCUGGAGACAAAGGCUUUCUGGAGUUGGAGAACCAGCUUAAGAUGACUCAACGAACAACCCGCAUUCUAGACCCUCAUAAAAUUGAUUCUGAUAUGAUGUGUGCCUUAUUAAACAGCAUUUCAGAUACAGCCAAAGAAAAUGAAGAGGAUUCUCCAAUGACCACACAACAUUUGCAAGGAGCAAAGAUUCAAGUGGAUUUAGACUCUCAGUUACAAGAGGCGAUCAGACGCAGUCUUCAGGAAAAAUGAAGAUGGACUAAGAUCAGUGUUCUACAACAUCCAAGCUGCUGUAUUAGGAACUUACAUUGCUGAAGUCAAAUAUUGCUGGUUAACAUUUCAAGCUACAAGUGGCACUUUAAACAGUUGAUCUUCCUCAAAUACCACGGUCCAUCGUAGGCUUCAGCAUAUUUUUAAAUCCUCACAGAUUAUUGUCAAAUUCAAGAGCCCUUAACUGCAUUCCAGAUCUUGGUCACUGCAAUUUGUUACAAUGUUGAAUAAAAUGGUGCAUAAGAGAGUACUGUAAGUAUUCCUGACAUAUUGCAUUCUCAACCCAGCAGAUGGCUUUCAUGAUAUACACUGAAAACUAAGUUUAUCAGCUACUCUUAUUUUCUGAUCUCUCCUUUGCAAAACGUAACUGUUUUUUGUAUAGUACUAGCAAAGCCUUGCGUCAUGUACAACUAUUGAUUUUUCUUGGACCAUCCUUAGUUGAUCAGUUCACAAAGCAAAGAUCUGUACUUACCUUGCUAUUUAGUAUCCAGGUAAAACUUGAGAGUGCUUCACUGUUGUGUAAACUAGUUAUUUUGGUUAUCUGUAUUGGUUAGCUUUGAGUUCAGGGAAUGAAUGCAAUGCCAAAAGAACUAUGUUGUCUGUUUUUUUCCCCCUUUGUCCUGUUAUUAUUUUGGCAAGUAUUUUCCUCUUUCUCUCAGUCUGAAUAGUUUUUGAAAGAUAUCUAUGUUCCAGUAUUAAUUUAUUGUGGCCAUUUCUUAGGCAAUGUACUCUACACUUGACCAUAAUUAAAGAAUUAAUUAGUUUUGUA